UUGUACUUUGAAUGAGGAAGCUCCUACAAUCAUGGCGGCCGAGAAGAACGGCGACGUAGUUCCUCAUUCUCUGUCAGCUAAAGUAGUUGGGUCGUUUGCUUACUUGACUGUAAGAGACCGAUUGCCCACCAUCCUCACUAAAGUCGUAGACACAAUCCAUCGCAACAAAAACAAGUUUUUUGAAGAAUAUGGGGAGGAGGGAAUCCAAGCAGAGAAGCAAGCUAUUUCUCUGCUGUCCAAGCUGAGGAACGAGCUGCAAACAGACAAACCUAUACUCGCCCUGACUGACGGCCUGGAGGACGCGGACCCUUGGAACCGGUAUCUGCAGCGACAACAGGGGCAGCAUGGGGACCAGGAUGUGGUCAGCUGGUUCAAGUCUCCGUGGCUGUAUGUAGAGUGCUACAUGUACCGCAGGAUACAGGAGGCCCUCUGGCUCAACCCUCCCAUCAGUGGCUAUGAUGUCUUCAAUGAGGGCAAGACUCAGAGCUUCUUUGAGUCUCAGCAGGCUAUAAUGGCUUUAUGCACAUACUUUGAGGCCUUCAAGAAGAAAAUGGAAGACAUCGCUGAAAAUCACCUUCAGGAGUAUUUCAACAAACUGCUACAGGUUUCUCUCUGGGGAAACAAAUGUGAUCUGUCAAUCUCUGCUGGCGUGGACAAUUCGCAGAAGAGCAGUCCCAUCGACUCUCUAGUCGCCUUGCAGAUGUUCAUCUUAGUGGACGACUCCGACGCCGUGUGGUCGGCCCUCAUUUCUGCCCGGCGGCAGACACAGUCGGGGAAAAGGCGGUCCACUCGAGUGGACUUUGUUCUGGAUAACGCUGGCUUUGAGUUGGUCACCGACUUGGUCCUGGCCGAUUUCCUGGUGUCUUCCGGUCUGGCCCGCGAGGUCCGCUUCCACGGCAAAUCCUUCCCGUGGUUCGUCUCCGACGUCACGGCCGAGGAUUUUCUUUGGACCAUCCGGCAGACCAUGGCGGCCAAUCACAGGUGGACGUCUCAGAGAGGGGUGCAGUGGCAGCAAUACAUGAAAGAGGGCACAUGGUCCUAUCACGACCAUCCCUUCUGGACGCAGCCGAACGAGUUCUGUGACAUGGCGGCCGACGCUCCGGAGCUGUACGCGACUCUGCAGGCGGCAGACUUGGUGCUGUUUAAAGGCGAUCUCAACUACAGGAAGCUGGCAGGAGAUCGGGACUGGGACCACACGGUGGGCUUUGACACUGCGCUGAGGGGAUUUGGACCAGCACCGCUGUGCAGUUUGAGGACUCUUAAGGCUAACAUUCAAGUGGGUCUGCAGCCAGGCCAAGGGAGCAAGCUGAGCUCUCAAGAACCAGAUUGGAUGACAUGCGGAAAGUACGGAGUCAUUCAGUUCUACGGGCCGACCUCGGAUCAGCAGGAAUGACCUCAGAAGAAUCAAUGAUCAACACUUGUAUUAAAGCCAUCACAUAGUGGGGUCAUUGUCAAUUUGCAAUGUUUUAUUCAGAAAGCACUUAACUACAAAUGUUUGAUUUCUCUCAGGAUUUCAGUUUUUAACUCCCCUAAAGGAGAUAUAUUAUGCUUUUUUUUCCCCCCCACAUAUUUUAAUUUGUGAAUACUUCCUGUAGUUCUUCCUAAAUCGGUGAAUAAUUUGUACUUUCCAUUUUCAAUUGGUUGUUGACGAGUCAAAAUGAAAGCGACUUAUGUUUUGGUUUUCAUAAUUCAAUUGUAGGCUCGAUCAAAAAUACAUCAAGUAAAAAUGGGCCGCUAGAGUGAAUUUGAUUUAAAUAUAUAAUUGCGUGACCCACGCGUUUAGUAAAGAGCAUUAGUAGUAAACCUACGUUGGCUUGUUAAAUUAGUUUGGACCAUGAUCCAUAUUAUAUCAAGGACAAAAGUGUUUGAAGAAUUAUCUGCUUAAUUCAUUCGUGUUCACCACAGGAGGAGGAAACCCUUCCACUGCUGUUUGUCCAAUCGCAUUGAUUUCAUUUCACACCAGUGUGGAUGCAGCGUUUUGUCAACCAUUGGAAUUGGAACAACCCAGAAUAUUGGUGUUUUUCAAUUUGUAUUUUUGAUCCUGGCAUACAUUUUUUUCCCUGCUUUAUGUUGGAUUUAAAAAGAAUAACACAAAUCAUCCAUCCAUCCAUUUUCUGAGCCGCUUCUCCUCACUAGGGUCGCGGGCGUGCUGGAGCCUAUCCCAGCUGUCAUCGGGCAGGAGGCGGGGUACACCCUGAACUGGUUGCCAGCCAAUCGCAGAUAACACAAUCAGUCACUUUAUUUUUGAUUUCCAAUUUAAAAUGGAAAGAAAUGUUACACGGAUUUUGGUAAAAUGUCUAACAAGCUUUGGUCAAAAUAAAUAGGAUAAAGAAUUUAGGCACUUUUUAGCCCUUUAACAGCCCGGUUGCAAUCAGAAUGCUUGAUGCCAAAUUGAUGUCACAAAAUGUGUCUUACAGACAUACUUUCUUAAAUGGACUGCUCACAAAACUGUUUGGUUGUCUAAUUUCACACUUGAUGGGUAAGCAGCCACUUCAGAGUCCGAUUUGUACACUGUACAAAUCAUUAAAAAAGUCAAUUUUCCAUAAUAUGUCCCCAUUAAGUUGAGGUGCCAGUUGGAGGGUGCUAUUGUAGAGCUCGUUAUCUUGCCGAGGUGCAACUGAAGUGCGAUAAUGUUGUUUUGUCUGCAACAAUCUGUCUGUCACAUUGCUUCAAAUUUGCAUGCAGACACUUAAAUACUAUUUGCAGUUUUUGGGGCAACCUGGCUUUGUAGAGGUAAAAGCGCCCAGGGUAACGUCAAUAGUCAAGGUUAUAUAAAAAAAAUACAAACAAUUAUUGAAGUUUUCAUAAAAUUGCCCACAAACUCCCUAGUGGGGAAUUAGUUAUGCUGUAAAAUAAUUUAGGCAAAGUAAUGGUAAUGUGAGUAAGUUAGAGUGCAGACAAUCAUUUAGUCACUUAAAUGGAAUACAUAAAAAAAAAAAAACUUUAUGGUCGUCCAAUGAAACACUCCCCCCCGCCCCCCCCCCCCCACAUUUAUUUUGUUUACAUUUUUAAAAAAAAGUUAUGAAUAAAUGUAUUGUGUUUUGAAUUUAAAAAAAAUUCAUAUCCUAAUGACAACUCCUGAAGCAAGGACACAAACAUUGAUUAUUAAAACAGUCACAGGCUCAUUGGCAUGUAGAUAGCGUAUUAAAGUGCAUUUAAAAAUACAUCUAUAAAAUUUGUGCUAUGUCUUGUUUACAAGUGAUAAAAUUGAAAGUAAGAUUUAGGCAUUACAUUUUAAUUUACUACUGGAAACUGUUUUCAUUAGAUUUUACUAGGAUUUUGUACAAAACGUAAUGCACUAAUUUAGUUUGAAAAAAACCUCUUUUUGGAUUACUUUAGGGCCGCAAUCGAUUUAUCUGUCGAUUACAUUUUUUUUUGGAUGAAUCAGAUAAAGAUAUUUUUUCAUUUCCAUCCUUUUAUUCAAAAACAGGACGUGACUUGAUUUCAUAUUGAGAGUGCAAAAAAUGCAAACCUAUAAAUUGAUCUGUCUGAAAAUCGGCAAAAAUGUUGAUCAUUGUUUUUCCAAGGAAAAGCAGAUGUUUGCAAAUGUCUUAUUUUGAUUCAACACAAAGAUAAUCAGUCUGCUUUCAUGAAGGAACAUUUACUGUUGAGAGGCUGAACUCCUGAGGAUUUGGACAAUUUUAAGUUGGUAUUGUCGAUGAAUUUGAUCAUUGAUUUGUUGUCCAUGAAUCGAUCAAUCGUUGCAUCUCUAGAUUAUUUAACAAAAACGGUGGGAAAAUAUGUCUUUAAAGUGAUCCCUUGGUGUGAUUUUUCUGCAUUUCCCUACUAAAUUCUCAUGAGAACAUGUUGACCCAUGUUGCUACUACAUGUAGAAGAGAUUAUGAACUUUCACUACUGUUUGUCCUUGUCGUGCAAUCACCCAAACAUGGGGGGGUGGGGGGGGGAGACAGUGUUAGGGACUUGUACUACAUGAACUGGAUCCAAUGAAGGCAACACUGCACACUUUUUUCCCCUCAUAUGAUCAAAAUGCAUGUCUGCACACUCCGAGCCCUUACUGUCAUUUUAGAUUCCUGGCAAGAUCAUAUCCUUCUAAUGAAUGUUUUUUUCAUCAAAUAAAGAGCUGCAGAGA